AGUAUAAAAACGAAUGAAAUGGUUUCAGUUCCGGAUUUUACCAAUACCCGGAUUACAAUACAAACGCUAAGUAGGCACUUUCAGCCGGAGGCUGUACGACCGGAAAUGCUCGCUUUUGGGUUGUGUAUAGUGGAAAGGAUCGAUCUGAACAUUAUAAUUACCAUUAAUUGUUUCAUGUCUGCAGCUUUCUUGAGGAAACGAUAAAAAGUUUCGACAACUGUCUUCGUAAUUGCUGGGAACUUUGCCUGUAAGGUACAGUAAGGAUCGGAACUGAAGAAGUCCCUGGUUUCUUCUAUAAAAUCCAAGUUCAUACACCACGAUCGCCUGUCGCUUUACUUAUUUCUUACAGAGCGCUUUAAAAUAGAAUUACAUCCACAAUUUCGCCAGUGAGCAUGGACACAGAAAAAUACUUGCUAAGGAUUGGCUUUGAUGGACCUGCAACACCAACACUUGAGACCCUUAAUCGCAUUCACAGGAGACAUUUGUUGUCUGUACCGUUUGAAAAUUUGACUAUUCACAGUGGUGGCCGGGUGGAGUUGGCACUACAGUGUCUUUAUGACAAAAUAGUCAACCAGCGAAGGGGAGGCUUCUGCUAUGAGAAUAAUGGGCUGUUCUCAUGGCUGCUAUCACAACUGGGAUUUGAGAUCACUGUCUUGUCGGCUCAAGUCAAGAACCGCAUCACUCGGGUCUACGGGCCUCCGUUUGAUCACCUCGUCGUCAUGGUGAUGCUGGAGGGACAGCGAUGGCUCUGUGAUGUUGGCUUCGUGGCAGGUUUUGAGAUCCCCAUUUCUUUGGAGACAGAAGAUUCCCAGAAGCAGGAGCAUGGUGUGUUCCGUGUCCGGUGUGAGGGGGAGACCUUGUUCCUGGAGAUGGCUGUGGAGGACCAAACCGAAGGGAAGAGCGAGGAAAUGGGCUGGACCGGGCUGUACAAAUUUACCUUGCAGCCUAGGCAAAGGGAGGAUUUCCUAGCAAUGUGUCUCUAUCAUCAAACCUCCCCAAGUUCAAUCUUCUACUGCAAGUCUCUCUGUUCCCUUCUGCUACCCAAUGGACGGGUCACCUACUUGGGACACAAGUUUAUGGUCACUAGCUUCCCUUCUGAAGUGGGUGGCCCUAUCUCUAAGACCACCCAGGAGAUAUCAGACAAGGAGAUACCAGAGCUUCUGAGGGAGACAUUUGGAAUAGAGCUCCCUUCUCCCAUAAUCCCAAAAGAUGAGGUCAUUAUUCCACCCCCCUCCAUUUAUUAGCACGCUUUUCCAUCUGGUAUUUGAUGCUUUAAAAAGUAUGGGAGAGUGGGAAGACAAAUGGACACACGAGAUAUACAAGUAAUAGCUGCACAGCCUAUGCUGUUAGCAUUCUGGUACCGCUUUCAUGAAGAGUGAAUAGGCUGGGUAUCAAAUUUAGUAUCAACAAAACUACAGCCUAAUUACGUGAAAGCAUCAAAUGUAUUAAAUAUUAAUAGAUAUGGUUAGCACUGUGCUAAAUUGUUAGCACAGUCUUCUCACCUCUGGGUCCUGGGUUCGAGUCUCCGCCAGGGUUCCAUGUGUGUGGAGCUUGCAUGUUCUUCCUGUGUCAUCGUGCAGUUUCCUCUGGAUAUCCACGGUCCAACUGGAAUUGCCAAAUUGCCCAUAGCUGUGAAUGGUGCGUGUGUGUGUGUGUGUGUGCCCUGCAAUGGGUUGGUGCCCCACCCUGGGUUGUUCUCUGCCUGGUACCCAUAGGCUCCAGACCCCCGUGUGAUCCUCAAUAGGAUAAACAAUUUAAGGAAAUGGAUGGACAGUUAGCACUGUUGCCUUGUACCAGUGGGACCAGGGUUUGAGUCUCUGUCCCGGCUCUAUGUGGGUUUGCAUGUUCUCCCUCUGUCGUCGUGGGAUUUCCUCUAGGUUCAAUGGUUUCCCCCCACAAUACAAAAAAAUGCUAAGGUGAAUUGGCGUUAUCAAAUUGCCCAUAGAUAUAAAUGGUGUGUGUGUGUGUUUGCCGGCCUUGUGCCCAUAGCUUCUGGGAUAAGCUCCAGACCCCCACAAACCUGCAUAGGAUAAGCAGGUAUAUCCAUAGCAUACUGUAGAUGGGAAAUCCAUGCAGUCCUACAUGGAGUUUUGUAAGAAUUCUCAGGAUCUAUUUACUAAAGUUCUACAAUGUUGCCAGGCUCAGGGACAAGACUGAUAUGUAUCAUAUAGAUAAGCCAUCAGUAAUUGUAAAACAAAUUGAAAUGCACUUUAUUUUAUGUAAUUGACAAUUUCAAGUUAAAUGUUGUAAAAGGCAUUUUAUAAUUGAUCAUAAGUAUGCAUGUGUUGGCGUAUAAAGCAUAAAUAGAUGAUGGGUCACACCCUAAGGGAGAAAAAUUAAAAUCACUGAAAACAUAAGCUUGCAUAUCCACAAGUUAAUUAAAGGGACACAUACUGUAUUUUAUAAAUUAGUUUUCCAAUAUAAAA